ACCACUUUGUACCGAAGUAAACUAUAAAUCAUAUUUCAUUUGUCAAAAAUUCAGGUGAAAUCGUAAACAAUACUCUUGAUGAACGUUUAAUUUUAAUUUAAUCUCUUAGAACAAUUGUAUUAUUUGAAUUUUGAAUUUUAGUUGUUGGUAAUUUGAAACUGUACGCCUGAACAGCAUAAAAAGACUUGAUCUUAAGCUGAAAAUGGCGGAGCCUAAAACUGAAGUGGUGAUAUCAGGUAUUGGUGGUCUUUUUCCGGAAUGCAACAAUUUGGACGAGUUAAAAAACAUGUUGUUUGACAAAGCAAAUGGAGUGACUACAGAUAGUAGACGUUGGAAACCAGGUAAAUUAGGAACACCAUAUGGAGUUGGUAAGAUACGAAAGCCUGAGGAAUUCGACUGUGUAUUUUUUGGAAUACACAGAAAAAUGGCUGAAAGUUUAGAUGCAUUGACUAGACUUAGUUUAGAAAGAUCCAUAGAAGCAAUAGUUGAUGCAGGUAUAAACCCAGCUGAUCUAUCUGGAACUAAUACUGCUGUAUUUAUGAGUUCGUGUGUAAGUGAAUCCGAAUUUUUCGAAGUCUUUGAUACACACCAAAAAGGAUUUGCUCUUUUAGGACAUAAUAGAGCUAUGCAAGCUAAUCGAUUAUCGUAUACACUUAACUUAAAUGGACCUAGUUAUACAACUGAUGCUACAUGGAUUGGUGGAACACAAGCUCUUAUGAGAGCAAAGAAAAUGAUUGAAGAUGGAUUGAUUAAUGCAGCUAUAAUUGGAUCAUGUAACCUAUGCUUAAACCCCAAUAUAUCACUUCAACUAGAAGGACUAGGAAGACUGAAUAAUUCAAACGAAACAAGAUCAUUUAGCGCAGACGCACAUGGAAUGAAUAGAGCAGAAGCUUGCGUAGCAAUUUUGAUACAAAAAUCAACUGAAGCCAAACGUUCUUAUGGAACUUUAUUAAACGCUACUGGCAUAUUUGGAGAGACAAAUAAUUUAUUAUAUCAUUAUUCUGAUAAUCUUUAUAAAGAAGUUCUUUUAAAUGCUUAUAAGGAAGCUCAAGUAGAUCCGGCUGAAGUUGCAUAUAUUGAAGGUGAAGGGCUAGGUAUUAAGAAAGUGGAUGCAAUGGAACUAAAUAUUUUGAGUGAAGUGUUUUGUACUCCUAAUAGAAAAGAACCUUUAAAUGUUGGUUCCGUAAAGAGUAAUGUUGGUCAUGCUGAAGCUUCUUCCAGCUUAGUCUCGUUAGCAAAGGCGCUUAUUGUUUUAGAUACAGGUUACAUACCUCCUAAUAUUAAUUACUCAGAACCAAAUCCUGACUGUCCUGCUCUUAUAUCUGGAAAAAUAAAGGUUGUCACAGAAAAAACUCCAUUGAAAGGAGAUAUUGUUGGUGUUAGCUCAUUUGGUUUAUGUAAUUCUUUUAGUCAUGUAAUUUUAAAACAAAAUAAGAAGGAUAAGAAAAAUAUCUACAAAAACAAUGAAAUGUUUGAAGAUGGUUUACCUAGACUUAUAUUAGCAUCGGGUCGGAAUGAACAAGGUGUUUUAAAAUUAGUGGAUCAGAUAAAAAAUGUCCAAAUGGAUGAAGAAUUUGCAGCUCUUUUACAAAAUGUUUUUUAUAAAUCUCUAAAUGCUCAUUACUUCAGAAGUUUCUAUAUAGCACCUGAUAUAAGUGAAGGGUCACCUGAAGUAUCAUAUCUUCCAGCAUUGGUAAAAAGGCCUAUUUGGUUCAUAUUUUCUGGAAUGGGAUCUCAGUGGAAUAGCAUGGGAAAACAACUGCUAAGUAUUCCUGUAUUUGCUGAGUCCAUAAGUAAAUGUGAAGCUAUAUUAAAGCCAAAGGGUGUUGAUCUCAUUGAUAUAUUAACCAGUGAAGACCCAACACUUUUUGAUAAUAUAUUAAACUCGUUUGUUGGAAUAGCUGCAAUACAGAUAGGUCUCGUGGAUGUGUUGAAAAGUAUCGAUGUAAUACCUGAUGGUAUGAUUGGUCAUUCAGUUGGAGAACUAGGAUGUGCGUACGCUGAUGGCUGUUUUACAGCUGAACAAAUGAUACUCGCUGCACAUGCUAGAGGUCGAGCUUCAAUAGAAACAGAACUCAUUGAUGGAAUGAUGGCAGCAAUAGGAUUAGGGUAUAAUGAAAUCAAAGAUAGACUUCCACAUGAUAUCGAAGUUGCUUGUCACAAUGCGUCUGACAGUAGUACUCUAUCUGGACCAACAGCUAGUGUAAAAAGUUUUGUUGAACAACUAAAAUCUGAAGGAAUAUUUGCUAAGGCUGUUAAUGUUUCCAAUAUUGCAUAUCACAGUCAAUAUAUUAAGCCAGCUGCUCCAACCUUACUCAGAUAUCUUAAAGAGGUAAUACCCGAACCAAUGCCUCGGUCAUCAAAGUGGGUGAGUAGUUCCAUACCCGAGUCUAAAUGGGGAGAUGAACUAGCUCAAACAAGCUCACCCGAGUAUCACACUAACAACCUACUGGGGCAAGUUUUAUUUGAAGAAGCAUCUCGCCAUAUACCUGAAGAUGCUAUUGUUAUAGAAAUUGCUCCUCAUGGUCUUUUACAAGCUAUCCUGAAACGAUCAUUAUCCGAUAAAGUUACAAAUAUACCUCUCACACAAAAAAAUUCUAAGGAUUCUGUUAGAUUUUUGCUAACUGCAUUUGGAAAGAUGUAUAAUAAUGGUAUGAGCCCUAAUAUUGUUGCUUUUUACCCACCAAUAAACUAUCCGGUUAGUCGAAAAACCCAAACUUUACAUUCUAUAUUUCCUUGGGACCAUUCAGAAACAUGGGUAUUAAAGAGUAUGAUACAAGGAUCUUUAAGAGUUCCAGGAGAGAGAAAAUUUGAAAUAGUUUUAAAUAAUGACAAUAUUUUAGCUGAUUAUAAAAUAAAUGGACGAUAUAUAUUACCUAAUGCAGUGCUUUUAUGUCAUGUUUGGAAAACAUUUAUCACAAUGAAAAAUGAAUUAUAUUAUGACGAGCUCGUUGUGUUUCAAGAUCUAAAUUUUCGAAAAAAUAUCGAGAUGUUUAUUAAUGAUAAAAUGGAAUUUUAUUCAUUUAUACAAUGUGGAACUGGUUAUUUUGAAGUAUGCUUUGGUAGUGAAGUAUUACUUUCGGGUAAAGUAUAUCGACCAGAUGCAUUGGAUAUGGCUCCAAUUAAUCCUAAACUGAAGUACCCAAUUAUAGUUUCUGAUUUACCGCAUAGUUCAAUAUCAAAACAUGACUUAUACACAUCGUUAGAACAUAUUGGAUAUAAGAUCGGGGAAGAGUUUAAAACCGUCAUAAAUAUUGACUUACAUUUUGAAGAAUAUCGAGGAAGUGUUAAGUGGACUAAUGAUUGGAUGUGUUUUCUUAAUGGAAUUUUUACAUUCCUCGUACAUAAAAAUAUGGAAAAUAAUGACAAUCCGGCAGAUAUAUCAACAAUUCGACAGUUAUAUAUUGAUCCAUCAAAAUUCAAAAAUAGUAUUGGAACAGAUAUUCCCAUUUAUUACAAUUUUAAAACUAAUGAAAUUCAUGGCAAUGGAAUAUAUAUAUUACAUCCAGAAAUUAAACCAAUGUCUAUAAGUGCAUUAAAUCCUUUUAAAGUACGAUUUGAAGAAGAACGGUUUAUAAAACUAACGAAUCCUGACUUUGAGAAUGAAAUUAAUUUUAUUAAUAAUUGUACGCAAAUAAUAUUUGAAUCUAAAAAAUAUCAAUUAAAUCCUAAUAUGAAUAUUUACAAUAUAUACUACAAUGAUGAUGAUCAAUUAAUGGCUCAGUAUAUUCCAAUAGUAAAGCAAAUAUUUGACACUCAGACAGGAAUUCAGCAUGAAAUUAAAUCUUUGGAUAAUUUUAAUGCACAAAACUUUACAAACAAGAAGCACAACAUUUUACUAGUAUCAAAAGAUAAAAUGGAAUUAGUCACUUUGAUUUUAAAAAAUACAAAAAAUGUUCAUUUAUUAGUAUCAUCAGACGAACCAUUCCUUAAUAAUAAAGAAUGGAAUGUUAUUAUACAGCAAAAUAUUAAUGGAAAAUAUUUAAUAUUGAUUAAAAAGGUCAUAAACAAAAAAGUCAGCAGUAUAUACUUGAAAAAUAUUAUUGAUAUUAAAAAAGUUAAUAAUGACAUUAAAAUGGCUUUAUCAGAAUGUAAAAUAACAAAAAGUUAUUUAUUCAUUUUUACAAAAGUUGUGCCAUAUGUAAAGAUAACACGGUUUGUAGAAGAAAUAUUGUACAGGAAUAAAUCAAAAAUUAUAAGAUUUGUUUUUGUUUUGGAUAAGUCCGGUCCUGAUUUCAAUGUUGAUAAUGUAUUUUAUACUGAACAAUUGCGCAAGCAGUUGUUCAUAAACAUUUAUAAAGAUGGAGAAUGGGGUACAAUCAUCAGAUAUAUUAUAGACAACUCAAGUCUUAAUAUAUCUUUAAAUAACGAUUCUACAUCUCACAUUAAUUCUCUUACAUUAGAUGGCUUGAAAGUUAAAUAUUUGGGAAUUAACUUCCAGGAUAUAACUGUAAACAAUGAUAUAGACAAUGAACUUGGCCAUUUGGAAUAUUCUGGCAAGACCACUGAUGGUAAAAUGGUCAUGGGAAUUGCACCAUUUGAAAAAAACACUUCAAAAAAAAUUUCACCUGAUCCUUGUUUAUCAUGGAUAAUUCCAUCAGAUUGGUCAUUAGAAGAUGCAGCUACUGUUCCACUUUCCUAUUCAUUGGCGUAUUAUAUAUUUACUAUUUUGACAACAUCAAAAGAUAUGUAUAUAGAAAAUACGGUUCUUGUGCAUGCCGGAUUUAACACUGUUGGACAAGCAGCUAUAGCUAUUGCUUUAGCAGCAGGAAAUACUGUGUAUGCUACAGUUGAAAAUGUAGAGCAGUCUAAGUUAUUAAUGAAACGAUUUCCAUCGUUACCAGAAUCAAGAAUUCUCAGUUAUAAAAAUAAUAACUUUGAAGUACAACUUAAAAUGCGAACCAAGGGAAAAGGCAUAUCUAUUAUUUUAAACUGUCUCAGUGGAAGCGAUUUCCAUGCAUCAAUUCGAACACUAGCAACUUACGGAAAAUUUUUCCAAUUAACAAAAACUGAUAUGAAAAAAAAAGACAAACUUGGAAUGCUUUUUUUUUUGAAUUCUGUUGGGUUUUAUGCUGUGAGCCCUGAUGGUUUAUUAGCCGCUAGUGAUGAAAUAAAACUUAAAGUUCAAAAUGAAGUACAAAAAGGAAUUGAAAUGGGUAUAGUCAAGCCAUUAGACCGACAUGUUUUAACCGGGCCUUGCACAGGGAAAGAAGCUAUAAAAUCACUAAAUUUAUCAUCUCAAGGAAUUGAAUCGAAACGAGUAAUUUUAUCUUUAGAAACAGAAAAGACACUAAGAAAGCCUCUGAAAAAUUCAGAUAAUGAAAAAUAUCAAUGCUACCCAAAUCGAGUGUACAUAAUUAUUGGGAGUAAAUAUAGUACGUGGAUUGAUCUUGCGGAAUGGUUGGUUGUAAGAGGCGCUCGUAAAAUUGUUGUAGCGAUAAAAAAAUACUCCAUGUCAACUACAGCAUCAAGAAGGUUUAACAUACUUAUGGCACGAUACCAAAAUAUCAUGAUCCAAAUAGUAUCGGAUUCAAACUUGAACUCGAAGGAAGAUUUAAUUCAGCUAUUAAAAGAUACAACAGCAGCGAAUAUUCUUGGCGGAUUUUUUUUUGCCUCAUUGAGCGAUGAAAUAGAGAAAAUGCGCAACAUUCAACAUGCGCUUGUAAGCCUUUCAUUUUUACGGGAUUCAAAGCCAAUAUUUGUAUGUAUCAUGAGCGGUGGAGAGGAAAUUUGUGCGGAACUAAGAGCAAACGGUGUUUGCCCAAACGCCAUUAGUAUUUCAUGGAGUUCAAUAGCUACAGAAACCAAAUUUUCUAAUAUAUUACCAUCAUUGGAUAAGAUAUUAAUAAACCUUGAUAACACUUUUUCAUCUACGAUAAUAUGUUCUCAAUAUAAUAAAGAAAUAACUGUAAACCCCGAAGUGUAUUCGAAAAUGAUUACGGAAUUGCCUGAAACAAUUGAUGAACUGAACAAAUUUGGAGAUAUGAUUACGGAGGAGUUCAAAUUUGUUGAAGUGUUCACCAACGGUCUCCGAUAUGCAGAUAACGUUGCAUUUUUACCAGUUUUCGUCGUAACGGGAUUCCGGCCCCAGAGGAUGAAAAAAUUGUAUGAAAAUCUCAUUUAUCCUACAUUCGAAGCAAGGUUGCCCGAAAACAUUGAUUCCAUCGAAAAUGUGGCUAUAAAACUUGUACAGAAACUCAAAAUGAUUACUAAAUGCGGCACGGUUUCUUUGAUUGGUGAAUCUUGGGGUAGUGCUGUGUGCAUUUUAAUGGCUCAAAUAUUGGAGGCAGAAAACGUUGCAGUGAGCUUAACAUUAUUGGAAGGUAUACCCAAUGUGUUUCAAGAUUGGACUAAAAGUCUGAUGCAAUUUGGAAAUGUUAAUGCUAAAUUAGUAUUUAAUUAUUUCCCAAUCAAUGAAACGACCGCAAAAGAACUAGCAACGAAAAACGGUUGGAAUAUAGAGUUGCCUAAACUGUUGUCAUCAAACAAUGUAUUGGAUUCUGAUAAAACUUUUAAGGCUCUAAAUGCAAUACGUUCCAGACUAAAUGCUAUCAUUACAAUAAAGCCACUUCCAAACAGAAUAAUUUCAAAAAUAAGGUUGAUCAGUAGAACUAUGAAUUUUGAUAAAUCAUACUUCCAUAAUUUAUUUGAGUAUUGCGUUAAUAUACCUGGACUAAUUUUAUUUGACGAAAAAGAAUUUGUCAAAUUGUUGUCAGAAAAGAAACUUAUUCAGGCCGUAAAUAAAAAUAUAUUGCAUUAUCAUCCGGACGCUAAAGAUAGCUUAAUAUCAAAUACGUAUGCUCGUUCUUUAGCUGAAGCCACUGGUUAUACUGAUUAUUCGUUGAAUGUGUAAUGUAAGAUAAAUACAUUUUUAAGCAAUUGAAACGAUCUACUCGGAUAAAUAUAUAUCAUAGUAUACUUAAUACUUCAAUAAUAUUUAUGUUUCUCAAUAAAUUGCUUAUUAUUUA